AGAAACAGUCAUGGAGAAUCUCACGGCGCAAUUACAGAAGCUACCUCCUCCGCUGUGGAAUUCGAACACGAGGUUUCUCACUUCACCAAACUCGAGACCUAAACUUAUUACCGUCUUCUCGUCCUCUCUCCGCCGCUGCUCUUCGUCGUCUGUCGACGCGACGCAAUCCACCUCUCUUCUCUCCGAUAGCUACCACCACCAUCACCGGUUUCUCAAUUCAUUGCCGCGGCGGCUCAGCCGUACCGGUUCGUGUCCUCUACGGCUGCUUCGAGAGGAUGGAGAUUGGAGCAAACACCAAUUCUGGGCCGUCGUUCGAUUUCUCCGUCACUCCUCAAGACUCCACGAGAUUCUUCCUGUUUUUGAUGCGUGGAAGAAUCUAGAACCUUCGCGAAUAAACGAGGCUAAUUAUGAGAAGAUUUUAAGGUUUUUAUGCGAGGAAAAAUCGAUGAAUGAAGCGAUUCGAGCUUUCCAAUGUAUGAUUGAUGAACAUGAGCUAAGCCCUUCUUUAGAAAUCUACAACUCAAUCAUUCAUGGUUAUGCAAAUGAUGGCAAGUUCGAAGAAGCUAUGUUCUACAUGAAUCAUAUGAAAGAGAAUGAUAUGUUACCUGAAACCGAGACAUACGACGGCUUGAUUGAAGCAUACGGUAAAUGGAAAUUGUAUGAUGAGAUUGUUCUGUGCAUUAAGAAAAUGGAAUCUGAUGGUUGUGUGCGAGACCAUGUGACUUACAAUCUACUCAUACGCGAGUUUGCAAGAGGAGGCUUGCUUAAGAGAAUGGAGCAGAUGUAUCAGAGCUUGAUGUCGAGGAAGAUGACUCUUGAGCCAUGUACAUUGUUGUCAAUGCUUGAAGCUUAUGCAGAGUUUGGUGUAUUGGAAAAGAUGGAGGAUACGUAUAACAAGAUUGUAAGGUUUGGGAUAUCUCUUGAUGAGGAUUUAGUUAGGAAGGUAGCUAAUGUUUACAUCGAUAACCUCAUGUUCUCGAGACUCGAUGAUUUGGGUCGUGGCAUUCGUAGGACCGAUCUGGCUUGGUGUCUUAGGCUUCUCUGCCAUGCUUGUCUUGUGAGUAGAAAAGGUUUGGAUUAUGUUGUUAAAGAGAUGGAAGAAGCUAGAGUUCCUUGGAAUGCAACUUUUGCAAAUAUCGUGCUUUUAGCUUACUCGAAGAUGGGGGAUUUCAGGAGCGUUGAGUUGUUGCUCUCCGAGCUACGGACAAAACACGUGAAGCUUGAUCUUGUCACUGUUGGAAUUGUCUUGGAUUUGAGCGUGGAUGGGUUUGAUGGUACUGGAGUUUUCAUGACUUGGAAAAAGAUUGGGUUUCUUGAUAAGCCUGUGGAAACGAAAACUGACCCUUUGGUUCAUGCUGCUUUUGGGAAAGGACGGUUUCUUAGGAGCUGUGAGGAAGUGAAGAACCAGGUUCUUGGUACGAGAGUCGAAGAAUCUAAGUCAUGGACUUACCAGUAUUUAAUGGAACUUGUGGUUAAGAAUCAGAAGAACAAACACUAGACUGUAUGUAGAGACUAACAAAAGUAACCAGCGAAACUUUAUCUUCUUUCACGAUUUCGCUCUGUUUGCGUUUGUCUUUCUUGUAUAGACCUUACACAAUGUUGAAUUAGUAACAUCAUUCCCUCUUGUUGAUAAUAAAUUAGAG